UCAGUUAGAAAUAAUAGUUUUGACGUGAAUAUCGAUAAAGGUUAGGUUCUCUCUACCACAAGCAAAUUUUAAUUUCGCAUGUUAUUCAUUGAGAUAUCUUGAUUCUUGUUGUCAAAUGGAGUGUACAAAAAGUUGCGAAAUGUUUUUCUUAAAUUCCACAACAAUGUCCAUUACGUAGCACCUUAUCAAUGCACAGCAUUGAGAAAGUUGAGAUAAGUAAUUAUAUUUUCCAUCAAAGAUUAGGUAUAUUUCAAUACAAGGGAACAGCUACAAGUUUCAGAAGGAAGGUCAUUUAGUUAAACCAGUUUCAGUUUUCUUUGAUACCUCGAGUGAAAUUUUACAUUAUUGUAAAAAACCUUCAGAUGCAAACAACUUAAAUUCAAGCAAUUUGAUCAUAUUAAUAUCAAACAUUACAAUCUUUGAUUAAAAUGACUUGGAGAAAAGUAACGACCGUACUUAAAAGUUGUCCUAAAAAAUUCGUAAGGAAUUUCAGUCUUCACAAAUUACCUGAAGAACAUUUGAUGCUCCAAAAAACAUGCAGAGAUUUCGUAGAGGCAGAAUUGAAACCUUUCGCAGCUCAAUUAGAUAAAGAACACAAAUUUCCCAAAGAACAGAUCAAGAAAAUGGGUGAACUCGGACUUCUGUCAAUAAAUGUAUCAGAAGAAUGGGGUGGUUCGGGACAAGAUACUUUGGCCAUGGCGGUUGCAGUUGAGGAAAUAGCUAGGGGUUGUGGAGGCACAGGAACAAUAACUUCUGUACACAAUUGUUUAUAUGUAAAUUUAAUUGAUAGAUGUGGCACGAAGGAACAAAAGGAGCAAUUUUUAAGGCCCUUCACAAAGGGAACUCUGGGAUGUUUUGCGUUGAGUGAACCAGAUGCUGGUAGUGAUGUAGGUGCAAUGUCAACAACUGCUGUAUUAGAUGGUGAUACUUAUGUUCUUAAUGGUACAAAAUCUUGGGUAACUAGUGGAACAGAAGGUAAAGCAGCUGUCAUAUUCGCAACUGUCGACAAAAAACUGAAACACAGAGGCAUCACGGGUUUCCUGAUCCCAAUGCCAACACCUGGAUUAUCGCUUGGCAAGAAAGAAGAUAAAUUAGGGAUCAGAGCUUCAUCCACUUGUAAUUUGAUUUUAGAAGAUGUUAGGGUUCCCAUAACGAAUAUUUUGGGUAAGCCUGGAGAUGGCUUCAAAAUGGCUAUGAUGCAGUUAGAUAAGGCAAGAGUUGGAAUAGCUGCACAAGCUCUAGGAAUUGCUCAGAGCGCUUUGGAAGUUGCAAAAGAAUAUUCGGGCCAAAGGAAAGCUUUCGGUCAACCAAUUAGCAAUCUACAAGCAGUUAAGUUGCGGUUAGGAGAAAUGGCACUCAGGUUGGAAGCUGCUAGAUUGUUAGUCUGGAGAGCUGCAGUGUUAUGUGAUGAACCUCAACGCUCAACAAAAGAAUCUUCAAUGGCUAAAGUUGCAGCGAGUGAAGCUGCUACCUUCGUAUCCCACAGUGCUAUCCAAAUAUUGGGUGGCAUGGGUUAUGUAACAGACAUGCCUGCUGAAAGACACUACAGGGAUGCACGUAUAACUGAAAUAUAUGCUGGUGUCAACGAUGUACAGCGGCAGUUGAUAGCAGAUGCCAUCUUGAAAGAAAAUCACUAACAUUAUAUAAUUUCUGAAUAAAUUAUGAAGCCUAUUGAAAA